AAUUUUAUUAACUGAAUUCUACUCAGCGCCUCUGUCAAAGUGUACUCUAAACGUGAAAACAGUUCCCCCAUUCGAGUGUCCAUCAGGGCACAUCAGCAGGCAGGCAGGGUAUCGUGGUUGCUCGCUCGACUCGCAGAUCACUGUCCUUCUGCGCCGAGUUAUCAUCGCUUCACUUUCCAUGUCUCCGACGUACUUAAUUCCGCGGAAUACAGAAAUGUGCGGCGAGGUGUUCAUGUAGUAUUGGUUCCAACCGUAGACAUCAUUCACGUGCCAGAACGAGGACCUGUCUUUCCUCAUCACCCAUCCGUCGACAUCGAUUCGCAGCACCUCGUGGACUUGCGAGAAAAAGGACUUGAAAAAAUACACAACAUUCAACAUGGAGCAGAAGCGACUGUACAAAGUGGUGCUCACCGGAGGACCUUGUGGUGGCAAGACGACCGGGCAGACACGGCUGUGCACGUUCUUUGAGAAUAUGGGCUGGAAGGUGUUCCGUGUUCCCGAGACAGCGACCGUGCUGCUCAGCGGCGGCAUAAAGUUUUCAGACCUGAACGCUGAAGAGGCAAAGGGAUCCGGAUCGCGUUCGUUGGUUGCAAAGACUCCGCAGCGGCAUUAUAGGAAUAGAUCGGACAAUGCCGAGGCAAAGUGGCCGGAGAUCUUGGAGAUUGACUCCGGUGAGGGCUUCAAAUUUCAAGAGAAUCUUCUACGCACGAUGAUACAGAUAGAGAAUACGUUCUUCCAGCUGGGCGAGAGCUGUUCGAGAAAUUGCCUUAUUAUUUGUGAUCGUGGUGCUAUGGAUGCCUCUGCAUUUAUUUCGAAGGAUAAAUGGGAACUGAUGAUGGCCUCGAACGGCUGGAACAACGUCGAACUUCGAGACAACAGAUACAAUCAAAUCAUCCACAUGGUUUCGGCAGCGAACGGAGCCGAAGAGUUUUACUCGACGGAAGAUCACGCGUGCCGGUCGGAAGGCGUCGGGCUGGCCAGGGAUCUCGAUUACAAAGCGGCUGCCGCCUGGGUCGGGCAUCCUUACUUCGACGUGAUAGACAACUCGCAGGAUUUCGAGUCAAAAAUCUGUCGCAUGAUUGAAUGCGUGUGCCAGAAGCUGGCUAUCGACAUCGGGGACAGGUUGAGAUCCAGCAGUCGUAAAGUCAAGUUCCUCGUUAAAAGUCCUUUGCCAUUGGACUCCGAGUUCCCACCGUUCCAGGACUUUGACGUUGUUCACAACUACCUCCAGAGCAACAAUCCUAAAAUGCAGGCCCGUCUUCGUAAACGCGGUCAGAAAGGCCACUGGUCUUAUAUUCACACGAUUCGGCGUCCGAAAAUGUGCGGCCAAGUGAUCGAAGUCAAAACUCAGUUGACUCACCGAGAUUACUUGAACAUGCUCGCGCAACGAGAUGACUCGCAUUUCACCAUCUUCAAGCGCCGACGUUGCUUCCUCAUCAACAAUCAGUAUUUCCAACUAGAUAUAUAUAGAGAACCAGCUCACCCGAGAUGCCGUGGAUUAAUGUUGCUCGAGACGUACACAGCUUUAACGGGAGACGAGCUGAAGAACAUAUUACCACAGUUCCUGACAAUCGAAAAAGAGGUCACUGGAAAUCCAGAUUACAGUAUGUUCAAUCUCAGCUUGCGGGAGGAAUGGAACAAUACCAAUAAAUACUGCCACAAUUUACACGGCUUAACGGAAUCUGGAUCGAAAGAGAAGAAAAAUAUUUCGCCCGUCGAAGCGAAAGAUAAGAAACAAAUGAACGGGGUCGAUUGUAGAAUGAACGGUAUUGAUGUUGCUGUAAAUGGUGUAGAUAAAGUUGUGAAUGGCGUAAAGAAUGGUGUCCACAAUGUUGCGAAUGGUGACGCGAAAUUUGUUGAGCAAAAUAGCGUGAAGAGCAAUAGUCAAGAGAGCGUUAAGUCUACGAAACAUUGAACCAUUCUUAGUAAAGAAGCGUUGUGAUGAGAACGGGUUUGAGAAUAACGUGAAAUACGCAGUGGUGAGUGCAUUAAGCGACGAGGCAAGUUACUUAAAUAAUUCCAAAAGGAAGACAAAGUACUUUAUUGGCAUUGACUUAACUCGAUAAAGCUGAUACCUACUUUUUGAACGAUUUUUUGUGCACACUUCGGAAGUGUCAUAAUCGACGCCGAUCAAUAUGCCAAGUACUUUUACAUCUGAAUCACUUCGCUUCAUUUUAAUUUUCUCCUUUCGUUCUCUGUCUUGGAGUAUUUACCGUAACUGUUUGUUUAAGGACAUUACUAUAAAUGAUUGUGAUACAAAAUACACGUAGCGGAUAGCAUACGAAAUAUGUAUUCAGAUAUGUAAUUAUUCAAGAACACAUACGAUCGGUGUAAAGUAUACUUUACUUUAGAAAGUGUUUAACGUUGUCUCGAUAGAAAAAUAAUGUUCUGCACUAGCGUAAACAAGUUUUAAUUCGUACAUCGUAUUGUAGAAGACGAACACAUUUUUCGUCCUUUCUGUAGGCGUAAUUACAAAUUUUCUAAGUAAAAUUGUUUAUUAGGGGUCUCUCAUAAAACGUCGAGAUAAAUUCAGUGUUUCACUUAUCUCUUAAUGAAAUGUAUCGUCAACUGAUUGAAGAAGCGGUAUAGUUCAACGAUUGUACUGUUCCACAGUAUUGUCAGAAUUAUGUAUUGUAGUCAUGACGAAAUAAUUGUCAAACAUGCUAGUAUUUAACAGGUGUUUCCAUACGAAUUUUAAGUCCGAAGGUACUCUAAUUUAUUGGGAAUUCCGUUUUUGUUCGUCUGAAUAAAGGUGUCGAAUUUUCCAUUUUUAGACUCUCUUCACUUAAAAUUUUACUCAUUUCAGAAACGAAAAUUGUUUCAUCAUUGAUCAUAACUUAGUGAACGUGAACUGUGAUGAUUAUAUUAUAUGUUUAUUUUACAUAUGUUUAUCACAAACUUAUCGUUACUUAAAGAUGAAGUGCCUGUGAAAUGUUCUGUCGCGGAAAUAAAAAAAAUGAUAUAUAAAUAUAUAUUUUCAAUGAAAGAUGCAAUAAUCAGUUAUCAAUGCACUUGUACCACAUAUAAUUGAUCCGAACUCAUAUUGUAUUCAUGAUUAUCUAAUAAAAUGUCAUGUGCCUA